CCAAGACAAUCCCUGCGGCGCGUAUAAGGGCAGCCUGACAGCCUGACAGCCUGCCUAGACUUCCCCGCCAGCAAGUCUGCGGAUAGAUGCAUAUCAGAUUUUAAACUGUCCAUCAGGGGAGCGAUUGGCUGCCGGAAAUGAAAUGCCGUCCAACUCAGCUGCCCCGGUCCGAAUGCGACAGAAAGCCGCCGUGCGGUGACAUCGGCGCCGAUUCUGCCCUGCACCAUUGGCGCGCUAAGCCCCUUUGUCGAACGAGCCAAGCCGAAACCCGAUCCCGAGGCCGAACACGAAUAUUCAAGCUAGCCGAGCCCACAGCUCCCAGUGGCGCAAGGCGGGGCGACAGAGGCUUGAAACAGCGAGCAAAAACCUCCGAAUCACAUGCCGGGCACGAAGGGUCUCAGGUGCCAUACCCUGCUGAGCGGUGCACACAGCGGUGGCACUCACCAGGUGGCACUCACCAGGAGCAGAUCUCGGCGGUAGCACAACGUCCAGCAGGAAGCUCGUGUGCAGGCGUUGGGCCGGAAUUCCGAGUUGCUGUUGUUACACAGUUGGUUCGUCGUCCACAGUUGGUUCGUGCCCGCGGUCUCUCCUGCACCGCUGUGUCACACAACCUCUCGAGGCUCGCUCUCCGUAGGAGGUCUGCUUUCCGCAAGAGGUCUGCCCAGGAGGCGUGAUCUACUCCCAAAUCCACAACGGCGGCCAGGUCUCCACACAUAUCCACCCCUUCGUUCAGGGCGGGCCACCCCCCUGGCGCUAUUGGCGCUGUGAGUGGAGUUACCCCAGACCUCCCAACCCAACGCUGCAGUAAGGCGCGAUGUACUCGCCGACUG